AUUAUUGGCCUACCAGAGACCAAAUGGGUUGGAGAAAGAAAAGCUAAGGAGCUAGAUACCACAUGAUUUAAACUCUAGUACUCAGAUGAAGUUAGAGAAAAAAUGGUGUGGGUAUUUUUGUGGACAAGGAUUGGAAACAUAGUGUGGUGGAUGUAAAAAGAAUUGCGAACAAAUCUUAUCCUAAAAAUUAGUGGUGGCAUAGGAGAUCAUCAAUAUCAUGAGUGCUUAUGCACCAGAAGUAGGAUCAAAGACACUUGUGAAAGAAAAGUUUUGGGAAGAUUUGGAGGGUUGGUACAAGGCGUUCCACAAGAGAAAAAGAUUGUCUUAGGCAGUGAUCUAAAUGAACAUGUUGGUAAUGAAGCAAGAUAAUUUUUAAGAGCUCAUGGUGGUUUUGGAGGACUAAAUGAAGGACAAACUAAGGUGUUCGCCUGUGUUACAUCUAGGCUAUAUAGACAUGUAUAAGGGACUAACUACUAGUGGGAUAACUCCAGGAAGCGAGACUAAGGACUUUCCUAUAGGGAUAGGAUUACAUCAAGGCUUUGCCUUAAGUCAUUACUUGUUUAAUCUAGUUUUGGAUAUGCUUACCAGGGACAUAUGAAUGAUUAUCCUUAAUUACAUGCCUUUUGUGGAUGAUAUAGUUAUGAUUGAAGAAUCAAGGGAAAUAUUUAACUUUAAAUUUAAGCUUUAGAGACAUACUUUAGAAACGAAGGGUUUCUGCUUAAGUAGGAGACAAACAAAGAAUAUGCAUUGCAAUUUCAGCAAUGGACAACAGGAGUAUGACUUGGAAGUAAUUCAAGUAAAGAUGGGAGAAGAUGUCAUACCAUAGGUUUCUAAGUUAAAAUAUCUCAGAUCAAUAAUACAAAAUGAUGGGUAAAUUAGUGAAAAAGUCACACAAGAUACGAGUAGGAUGGCCAAAAUGGAAAAAGGCAUUAGAGGUUAUUUGAGAUUGCAAAGUACCUCACAAGCUCAAAAGCAAAUUUUAUUAUACAACUAUAUGUUUAACUAGAUCCUAUAGUUGUAGAUGUUGGGUUUUAAGGGGACAACAUGAGGAAAAAAAAAAUAGAGUAGCAGAAAUGAGAUGUUAUGAUGGAUGAGUGGGUACACAAGAAAGGAUAGGAUGCAAAAUGACUGUAUGCCAGAAGAUAUUGAUGUUGCACCGAAUGAGAAAAAGAUAACAAAAAUUUGGUUAAGGUGAUUUGGACACAUACAAAGAAGGCCUCUCUAGAAGCACCAACGAGGAGAUUAAAUUGCAUGACUUUUAGUCCUGGGAAAACUUGGGAGAGGGAAACCAAGACAGACAACGAGAAAAGUUAAGAGGGGUCUCAUGUGAAUAUUUAUGAAAAAGUGAUGUCGUGUGAUACAUUAGCCAAUCACAGUGGGAAAAAGACUUUUGUUGUUGCUGUUGUAGAAAUGUAAUAUAAAACAAUUUUUGUGUCUUCACCUAACAACUUAAGCUUUGGGAUUUUUUGUCUCAUGACAUGAUAUUAUAGCUUCUAUGAACAAAUGGUCUAGAGUUUGAUCCUUUCAGCUCCCAUUCUUGUAAUGAAAAAAGUUGAAUUUUAGCAUAAGGAAGAUGGACCUGUGAAAUAUCCUCACUUCAAGCUCAAAGGGCUCUUCUGUUAGGUAGUGUCUUAGAGAUGUAAUAUAUAACUAUUCAUGUGCCUUCACCAUAACAACUUAAACUAUUGGAAUUGUUAGUUUGUAACAACUUCUGAUAAAAGGUUUAGUAAUUUGGAGUAGAAUGUCAUGUUGAAGGCAAUACAUUGAGCUUUAGGGUCACACCCAUUUCCCUGCUUGUUUAAUGAGAAGUUUGCUUAUACGGUGUAUUUGGAGCACUGUAUGCUUCCAAAGGCUAAAGCUUAUUCAAGAUAUUUGCAGGAUUGUAAAUGGCCUUCUGAAAACUGCUUUGGGACCACCUACAGGGUCAACCACAGCUUUGUCUCCAGCACAGGAUAUUACUUUCCGACAUGAAUCUGUGAAGUGCUUGGUCAGCAUUAUUAAGUCAAUGGGAUCAUGGAUGGACCAGCAGAUAACAAUAGGAGAUUUAGAUCUAGCAAAGACCCCUGAAAGCAGUAGUGCAGCAGAGAGUCAUCUAAUACUAAAUGGAGAAGAAGGAAAUGCUUCUGAUCAUGAGCUGCAUCCUGACGUAAAUUCUGAAUUUUCAGAUGCUGCCACGUUAGAGCAACGUCGAGCAUAUAAAAUCGAACUUCAUAAAGGCAUAUCACUUUUUAAUCGAAAAACUUCCAAGGGUAUUGAAUUUUUGAUAAGCAACAAAAAAAUUGGUAGUUCUCCAGAACAAGUGGCACUGUUCCUGAAGAAUACUGCUGGCCUUGAUGAAACCAAGAUCGGUGACUAUUUGGGAGAAAGGGAGGAGUUUCCUCUUAAAGUUAUGCAUGCUUAUGUAGAUUCCUUUAACUUCAAAGGGAUGGAUUUUGGUGAAGCUAUUCGAUUUUUUCUUCAGGGCUUCAGGUUGCCUGGUGAGGCACAAAAAAUUGAUCGCAUCAUGGAGAAGUUUGCUGAGCGCUAUUGUAAAUGCAACCCUAGUUCUUUUAGCAGUGCAGAUACUGCCUACGUUCUUGCUUACUCUGUCAUAAUGCUUAAUACAGAUGCUCAUAAUAAUAUGGUGAAAGAUAAGAUGACAAAGGCUGAUUUUGUUCGAAACAACCGAGGAAUUGAUGAUGGAAAGGAUUUGCCAGAGGAAUAUCUAGGGGCACUUUAUGACCAAAUUGUUAAAAAUGAAAUUAAAAUGAAUGCUGAUUCUUCUGCGCCUCAGAAUAAACAAGCAAAUAGCUUCAAUAGAUUGCUGGGAUUGGAUGGUAUACUCAAUCUUGUGAACUGGAAGCAGAGUGAGGAAAAAGCAGUGGGUGCAAAUGGACUUCUCAUUCGGCACAUUCAGGAGCAAUUUAAAUCAAAUUCACGAAAAUCAGAAUCUGUGUAUCAUGUUGUCACAGACGUGGCUAUACUAAGGUUUAUGGUGGAAGUUUGUUGGGGACCUAUGCUGGCGGCAUUCAGUGUAACACUUGACCAGAGUGAUAACAGGGUAGCUACUUCUCAAUGCUUACAAGGAUUUCGACAUGCUGUGCAUGUUACUGCAGUAAUGGGUAUGCAGACUCAAAGGGAUGCUUUUGUUACCUCUGUUGCCAAAUUUACUUAUCUGCACUGUGCUGGAGAUAUGAAACAGAAAAAUGUCGAUGCUGUCAAGGCAAUAAUAUCAAUUGCGAUUGAAGAUGGAGAUCAUCUGUAUGAAGCAUGGGAACACAUAUUAACUUGCCUCUCCCGAAUUGAGCAUUUACAACUGUUAGGUGAGGGUGCCCCAAGUGAUGCAACUUUCUUCACUUCACCUAAUUUUGAAACGGAGGAGAAAGCAAUGAAAACAUUAGGCUUUUCUUCGUUUAAGAAAGGAACACUCCAGAAUCCAGCCAUGGUGGCUGUUGUUCGUGGUAGUUCAUAUGACAGUACAAGUAUAGGGGUCAAUGCUUCUGCAAUAUUAACAACAGAACAGAUAAAUAAUUUCAUUUCAAACUUGAAUCUACUGGACCAGAUUGGGAACUUUGAAUUGAACCAUGUGUUUGCUCAUAGUCAACGGUUGAAUGGUGAAGCAAUAGUAGCAUUUGUAAAAGCACUUUGUAAAGUCUCCAUCUCAGAGUUACAGUCUCCAACAGAUCCCCGUGUAUUUGGCCUCACUAAAAUAGUAGAAAUUGCGCAUUAUAAUAUGAACCGCAUCAGAUUAGUAUGGUCUCGCAUAUGGAAUGUUCUCUCAGAUUUCUUUGUGUCAGUUGGAUUAUCAGAGAACUUAUCAGUUGCAAUCUUUGCAAUGGACUCUCUGCGACAACUUGCAAUGAAAUUUUUGGAGCGUGAGGAGCUGGCUAAUUAUAAUUUUCAAAAUGAAUUUCUGAGACCUUUUGUGAUUGUUAUGCAGAAAAGCAACACCACAGAAAUUAGAGAAUUAAUAGUUCGUUGUAUUUCACAGAUGGUCCUUAGCCGUGUCAGUAAUGUGAAAUCUGGCUGGAAAAGUGUUUUUAUGGUUUUUACAGCUGCUGCAGCUGAUGAACGGAAAAACAUUGUAUUAUUAGCAUUCGAGACCAUGGAAAAAAUAGUGCGUGAAUUUUUUCCUUAUAUUACUGAGACAGAGACAAUGACCUUCACCGAUUGUGUCCGGUGCCUCUUGACAUUUACAAAUAGCCGAUUCAACAGUGAUGUUAGCCUCAAUGCAAUUGCAUUUCUUCGGUUCUGUGCAGUCAGACUUGCUGAUGGAGGACUUGUUUGCAAUAAGAAGAGCAAUGUUGAUGGUCCAUCAGUUGUUGUAGCAAAUGGUAUUUCAGAUUUACAAGACCAUACUGAUAACGAUGAUCAUGUUUCCUUUUGGAAUCCUCUGCUAUCAGGGUUAUCAAAACUAACGUCUGAUCCAAGAUCAGCCAUCAGGAAGAGUUCUUUGGAGGUGCUUUUUAACAUUCUGAAGGAUCAUGGUCAUCUAUUCUCUCACACAUUUUGGAAUAGCAUUUUCUGUUCUGUUAUUUUCCCUGUAUAUAACUUGGUAUCUGGAAAGAGAGAGAUGAAUCUACAAGAGGCCCAUUGUUCACCUUCAGUAUCUGUGCAUAAUGAAGGAAGCACAUGGGAUUCUGAGACUUAUUCAGUAGCAGCGGAAUGUUUAAUAGAUUUAUUUGUCACCUUCUUUGAUGUGGUGAGGUCUCAGCUACCAGGAGUGGUGUCAGUAUUGACAGAGUUCAUUCGAAGUCCUGUUCAAGGUCCAGCUAGUACUGGAGUUGCUGGAUUAGUGCGUCUCACAGGGGACCUUGGUAACAGGCUUUCAGAAGAAGAAUGGAAAGAGGUCUUUCUGUGUUUGAAAGAUGCAGCUAUGUCAACUGUGCCAGGAUUCAUGAAGGUCUUGAGAACCAUGAAUAAUAUUGAGGUGCCUCACGUUUCACAGCCUUCUGCUGACUUGGAAAGUUCUUCUGAUCAUGACUUGACAAAUGAUGAAUUUGAUGACGACAAUCUGCAAACCGCCACAUAUGUUGUGUCGAGAAUGAAGAACCAUAUUGCUAUGCAGCUACUUAUAGUUCAGGUUGCAACUGAUCUGUACAAAAAGCACCAGCAAUCCUUAUCUGCAGCUAGCAUCAAAGUCCUCAUUGAAUUAUAUUCAUCUAUUGCUUUACAUGCUCGCGAUAUGAACAGAGAGUCAAUCCUACUGAAGAAGUUGCAGAAAGCUUGCUCCAUCCUUGAAAUAUCUGGCCCUCCCAUGGUUCAUUUUGAAAAUGAGUCCUUCCAGAAUCACCUCAACUUUUUACAAAAUUUACAUAUCCACGGUCAUUUUGUGCAUGAUGAGAUAAGCCUAGAACAAGAGUUAGUUGAUGCAUGUGAAAAAGUAUUGGACAUAUACCUAAAUUGUGCUGGUUCAGUUUCCACUUUUCACAAUUCAGCUACCCUGCCAGCACCAAAUCGAAAACUCCCUCUGAGCUCAGCAAGGAAGGAAGAGAUAGCUGCCAGGACAUCUUUAGUCAUCUCAGCAUUGCAAGGGUUGGCUGGUCUGAAAAAGGAUUCAUUCAGGAGGUAUAUUCCACGGUUCUUUCACUUACUGGUAGAUCUUGUGAGGAGUGAACACACCUCUGGAGAAGUUCAACAUGCCCUGAGUAACAUGUUCCGUUCAUCUGUUGGCCAAAUUAUAAUGGAUUGA